AUGGAAGAACAUAGAGAUUUUGAGUAUAGCAUAUGCCUAUCAAACAGUGAAAUAUAUAAUCUUUGUAAUGAAUUAGAUGCUAUCAAUGAAAAUAAUUGGUGGUGCCUUAAAAGUGUUAAACAUCUUUACAGAGUAUACAGAUUUAUAAAGUUUCACGUUACUGAUGAAUAUUUUGAGGUAUAUAUACGGCUUCUAACUAAAAAAAUUACAGAACUUGCGCUAUGUAUUAAGAAUAAGCAGAUGUCAAUUCGUAAAUUAUAUAUUUAUUUCAUUAUUAUGGGAGUGUAUUUGCAACUAAGUAGGAAUUGGUAUAACCUAGAUAAACUUGCAUGCAUGAAUAUAUGUGAGGUAAUAAUAUCAAUAGUUAACUUAUUUUCAAGAUCAGUAAAUAACAAAAGAUGUAGGAAGUACUUCCAAGAUACUGAAGGCAGUACUAAAGAUAUGAGGGUAAAAAAAACAACUAAAGUAUUACUACCAAUUUUGUUAAACAAGACUGAACUAAAAUUACUCACUGAAUAUAACUCGGAAAAUAGUUUUUUGAAGAAUUUGAUUCUUGAUAUAUCUACUUUAGCAAUAAAAUGUGUUCCAGAAAUCGAAUUCAUUAAUUCAUAUACAACUAAUACAAUAAACCAGCUAGACAAUGAUAGUAUAGAGGUAAUAUAUCAUUUUACAAGUUCAAUAUGCUAUUAUCGAUGUUCUGGGUCAUUUUUAAGUGAUUUAUUAGCAUUUAAACUUCCUAGGACCUGUUACUUGCUGUUAAGAGGUGUUGAUAAAGUGAUGCAUACUUUUACGAAUAUAGUGAAAAUUAGAGCUAAAGAACUCUUUUAUAAAGAUAAAUGCAGGUAUGAAGAACUAAAGAUAGUUAAAAUUUUUAAUAAGCAUUCAGAAUUACUUAUAUCAGAUAUCUUAUAUAUAACACUUGGAAUCUGGACUCAAAUAUUUAGAGCUUCUGCAAAAGCUAGAUCUCAAGAGUGCCAAAAUACUAUUUCAAGAUAUUAUUUGGAUUCACAGUAUCUAAGAACAGAACUUCUUUGUGAAUUAUCAUCAGCUUGUAAUAAGAUACUUCUCAAAGCUACUGAAACGAAGUAUAAUCUUAACAAUGAAAUUCUUCCCAACACAGCUUUUUACAUUGAGAAAGCAGUUUUAUUGUUUAUUAAUGAAUGCUUCAGUACCUCCUCUAGAUUAAGUAACUAUUUUUCUUGCAGCAUAGCUAUACACAGAAAUCUUCUUCAACUCAUUCAUACAAUUGGGAGAAGCUUGAAAAUCUUACUUGAGUGUAAUAGUGAAGGUGUUAAAUACAACCAACAUAUGAAAGCUCAACAGGAAUGCUCACUACUUUUACUAAAAUUACAUAAUUCUAUUAUGUCAUUUCUUUCACGUAUUGGAGACAGGCAAUCUAAGUUUCUUCUACUUUACAAUUUGAGGAAAGGUAUGGAAACCCCUACAGAAGAUUACUUAACCUCUGCAAGUAAUAGCUCUGACUUCUUAUUUGAAGAUCAAACUUCGAAGGUCUUAAAUAGUUCAUUUAGUCAAUACUAUAAAUUAUUGUCAAAAAAUAUUAGGAAACUUUUACUGGAAUAUUCUAAAAUAACUGUCAUUGAAAAUUGUACGUUGGAACUUGAAGAGCUUCAUCAGCCUCAAACUCAGUUAGUACUAUCUAUAUACUAUUUAUCUUGCUCUCUAAUUUAUUUAAUUAGGGUUAAUCAAGUAAAUAAGCAUGAAAUUCCCAAACAAAAGUCUGAACAUGACAAGAUUCUUGAGUUGCUAACUAUAAAUGAUAUCACAUCUAUUUUUAAUGUCAUGGAAGUGCUAAAAAGAUGCAACUAUCCUGAGUACUUCACAUCUUUCAGUCUAGAAUUAGAACACAUAUAUUGUUACUUUUCAGAAUUUUUGCUAGUUUGA